GUUGCUGAUGUUUAACCAGAUAGUGACAGGAACUUCACAGUACCACUGAUUGGAGAAUACUAAUCAGAGAAGAAACUGCAAGAUACUGAGCUGUGUGGCAGAGCCAUUGACAAACAAUGAUAGUAUUCAGCAAGAUCGGAACCUCCAUUUUGAAUUGUCAUCGAUAGCAGAUACAAUAUCUGUGUCCAAGUGCUGGAGAAGUCUUCCCUGCCUGUCACUCACCAGACAUCAAGAGGAACCUAAAGGUGUGGGUGACUGUACAUAACACACUAAAUGUGUCGCUAUAUGAUGGAUCACUGAGCUGCCUCUAUAAUCGCUAUUGAUUGACCAAGUGUUCCUCAGAAGUAUUUACACUAUGCCAGUGACUUGAGGGCCCCUGUGAUUCCACAUGAUCUGUGCUUACUCUCAUUAGUUCAGCCGUGUGACCUUGAGGACUCCCACCAGUUGUACACCUAAGUUACUCCAGGCUUUUAACAAACCACUUUAGAGCUGCUCUCAACACCUAGUGUUGUGUACCCCUGGUGAAGGUAUAGUGAGGUUUCCUGAUACCGGACAGCGGGUGUUUACAGUUUUUAUGGGACAAAUUUAGUGCAGUUUAUCAAUAGAGUUCAACGUCAGAGGCAUUGAGGAAGAAACCUGGUCAAGUGAUUAGGGUGUUUGUUUAUCUUCUGCUCCAUUCAAAUUUCUCUACAGUUUAAUUGGAAAAAACUCCAAGCACUGUGGCUCAUUCAGGUGAAACGCUGAUCUAAAUAUAACUUUGCUGUACAAUGUAAGAAGAUUGCAGUGUACCCUGGGUUGAAAGAAGACACAACAUGGAACAAGGUGUGGAGGUACCGAGCAGUUUUAUUGAUCCUCAGAAUGGGGAGGGCGGGAACUUAGCAUGUAGGCCAGACACAGGACAGGAGGAAAAAAUGCCUGAAAUUCGUAAUGGAGAGUGUGGUUCUCAAGCGGAGUGCAAGAAAAGCGAGAAGAAUAACUCCUCAAACAGUCAUACACACAGUGAAAAUGGAGAGGAGGACUGCACGUCUUCCAAAACUACUCUUUCCUUGCCCCGGCCAGAGGUCAGCAACCCUGUAGGGAUAGAGACAUUUGAUGGGGACGUUCAGUACCAGUUUGGUGAACCUCCCCCAUGUGAGUGCGAUGCCUGCAUUCUGGAGCAUUUAGUCGACAUCAAACCUCCAGAAAAAAAAUUCUCCAGGACUGGGAAAAGGGUGUGGUCAGUGACCUAGAGAUCACAACGGCCUCACAAGGUCAUCCGGAAGGAAGAAGGCACCUGUCACUAGACCUGUAUGGCAUCUUGACUAAUGACCAGUUUAUAUAACUCCUACAGCAUAUAGAUGAAUCUAAAUAUUAGAUAUGAAUGCUUGACGAGUGAGAGGAAUGUA